CUGCUAUCAGUGACCAUAUACUGUGUCCUCGGAGGCAGCCAGUACUCGCCCUGCAGCCCURCACGAUCCAACCUCAUCGCGAGAGCCUGUCCCUGUCUCUCUCAUCUUAACGAUUUUUGAAGUGAUUCGCGUGAACAGAAAACGAGACCAAGGAUCGAGAAUGAUUCGUCGUCGUCCCCAAAAUUCUMUUUCURAAACGACGGAUUCCACCAAUGGCAGCAAAACAGAGAGUGCAAGUAAUGGUGCUACGAGAAGAAGCCCUGAUCAAAGCKCAUGUCAUCGAUUUCUGUCUUCUAAGCUGCUUCAGGCAGCAACCUUGGCGGCAUGCAUUAUUGUUCUCUUCGAGACCGCGAAUUACCUUGAUUCCGUCUACACAAUAAACACUAGUUACAAACCGAACAACAUGAUUGAUGGGACGGAACGAAAUAUAAUYGGCGCGGCUAAUAARAAUGAUCAUGGGGCGAAGGUAGCUGGAACGACUGACAGCCGCGUUCGUGCCCUCAGCAUCAGUGACAUUCCAGAUGUUCGGCACGAGGCUGGUGCKUUUAAAGCCAUCAAGGCGCGGUUUGAUUAUGCUACCAGUAUUGGUCAGUCGGAAAAUCGAAACAAUUUCAACAACACUUCUGGCCAAUACUUGCUGGAUUUUGGAAUCAUUGGYUUUCCGAAAUGUGGCACGACGACGAUGAGUAAGUUACCAGUUAGUGUUUCAUCUGCAUUUUAUUGAAGAGGUUCUAGAUACAUCGGGGGAAGAGACAAAGAUCCACGGGCGCAAGUCCCUUUGCCUAGUACACUAAUAGCGCUCGAAAACCAAAUCUUGUUACAACGUAAACAAUUGUCGAACCUGGUAACUCCGAAACCCUCUUUCACRCUCCAUUCCGAAACGAAACAGUGAAAUGGUUGAAUAUGCACGAGCACAUGGCGGUCCUAGAUUUUGAAAUCACGGCGCUUCAAAAAAAUCAUCCUGCUCGCAUUCUCAACUACAUGAUACGCGACUUACCCGAGGGGAGGUUUCGGAGGGGGUACAAGAGUCCUACCGACGUUGAAGACGGUCGUGCUCGUAACAAGCUGGGGGUUCAUUAUGGCAAAACGAAAUUGUUGGUGGGGUUGCGUCAUCCAGUCUUGUGGUUCGAAUCCUUUUACAACCACCGGGUCCAGAACGGCUACGAGAUGCCCGAUAUUUUGGAAGUUAUCCGCGACAGAGGCCGUAGGGUGCUUUUGAACGAAUGCCCGGGGAAUUUCAGAGGAGUUUGUUUCAGCCGUGCCAAUUUUCAUCAUGCCCUGGCCAAGUGGGGUAAGACCCCACUGUUAUUCUUGCCAGGCAACGAUACCGACAAACGAUUCGGUUAUACAAACUACGACAACGAUCGGGAAUUCUCRCUUUUUACCGGCAAAAGCAAGCAGAAUUUGCUAAAGGAUAUGAACAAYACGGAUGUUUCUCCRAACCCAAUGUUCUUGUAUGAUGUCAACCAAUUGCGAAUGCCACCUUCGGUGAUGGAUGGCAAUGACAAAGGUGCCAUCGAACAAGAACGCGUUUAUGACGACUUUGUGUUGAACUUGCAAGGCUUUCUAAAUGUCCCACAAAAUGURUCGGCCAUGCCAACCAUGAUAAAAGAAAAGCCGGGCAAGACAAAGGGGAUCGACGCCUCAGAGCAGCUGCGGCGUGACGGUUUGAAGAUUGAUAUGUGCGACGAAAAAUUCGCGAUGCCCCGAAAGUGGCUGCUCGAAAUAGGUGCGAAUGUCCACCUGUGGAUCCGGGAUUAUUUUUCGAAAAGCCCCCACAAUGUGUUUGCCGGUGGAAGCAGAGGGAGUCCAUCRGCGUCGCAAUUUWUGACCAUACUACAAUCCUAUGCAGAAGAUCCUUGCCCAGAACGAGUGCAAAAACGAAAACAGCUAGAAMAGAACUGAAAGAAAAGGCGGCGCACARU